UGACGCGCCGUGAAACCAGCAACAACAUCACACGUGAGUUUAUUAGCGAUUACAAAAACGAAUAUAAUAUCGAAAAAUUUGAUUGAUUUUGACGGUUACGUUUCUUAUAUGUGACUCUUAAUGCGUUCACCACAGUUAACGAACGAACAAUCGCUUCGAUCGCGUUCAGCACGAACCAACGUUAUAUCAGAGACAGUGAAUACUCGGUAUCGACAUUUCGUAAAUAGUGUUGAAUCUUGCAAAAGAUAAAUAAUCGGAUUACGUUACAAUCCGAUUGCGUUACCAGUUGGGCGGACCGUAUUGCCGGUAUAUCUACUGAACGGGCGGACUUUAUUGGCCGCCUCUACUGAAAGUCCGUCUGACUACGACAGGAUCUUCCACUUAUCGUCUUCGACGAAUUUGCCUACGAAUUAUCUCUUGCUACUGGCUUUCACAUUCAUACAAAAAUCAAGCAACGAGUGUUGAAGUGAGGAUACGAGACGCCAAAGGAAUAAUGGUUUCGUCCGCGAUAUUCGGUGCGGCCGCGGGCACAGGAUUAGCCCUAGUGGUGGCAAUGACAAUUGUAGUUUAUCGUUAUUACACCAUGAAGCGGAAAGGAAAAUGGAAUUGGAGCAAUCUGGAUCGCUGGCCGGAUCCGCCAGGCAUCAGAAAUAGCAACGACGAGCAUCAGCCUUAUCAUCACCAUCACUCUCACGCAGCAACGGCAUCGCACGUGCUCGACUGCUGGCGGAAGCCGCAAAAGAGUUACUACGCUGUUCAGACCGUGGUUAUGCCGGACAAAUUGUCGGAGGUCCUGGGCGAUGUUCUGGAGCUAUGCGGCGGCGGAAGCGGAAGCGGAGGCGCUGCGACAUCCGGGGACAGAGGCAUGUCUAGCAACACGUCGAGCGCGGCCACUAAAAUCGGCGCAGUGACAGGAGUGGCGAUAAUCAGGGGUAGAUGGGCCCAAAGGGGCGCGAGGCCGCACCUAUCUUCCGUCGCUAAUACCGAUAGUGCCGACAGUACGACUUCGACCAGUUCGGAGGAAUUUAACAUUGCAAAGGAGCAACAUGCGGUACAACCAUCGACGACCGAAUCGGGCUUACCUCAUCAAAGUCGCAGCUAUCCGGGCGGUGGCGGUCGUACAUUGACGAGAAACUCAUCCGUCAGCUCGCAGAGCUCGAUCGAGGGUGCGCCCUGCUCUUCGAGUCAUCGCGGAUCGUCGCCUCAGAUCAGAGCUUUCGGCCCGGAUGGACGGCAUCAUGCUCGACACGAUCCCCUGCACGCCGCUUCCUCGUAUCCACCUAGCAGAAACUCGAGGUCUCCAUCGCCAGCCCGGGUGGCGUCCUUGGAUGCACGUUGUGCAAGUCCUGCCAGUAACUCGGGCAGCCUACAUAGCGGAAAUGCGUCGCCUUCGCAGACUUCUUUGUCGUCCGUGGCAACGGGCGUAAGUUCUACUUGCGGGUGUUCACCGAUGAAUGCCAUUCAAAGUACUUCCAGACAGACUGGUCGUUGUUUAUCGCCCCUUCUCAUCCCACCGCCACGUGCUUCCAUAAGUAGCGACGGUGGCCCCAUACCACCUGCUUCUCCGCUCGGUUCUUUACAACCGGAUCUGUAUCAAAGACGAGAUGGUCCUGUCUUUCUCAGUGCUCGCAGGACGGGCAAGCAAUUGGGCAGGCUUCAUUUGCGUUUGAGAUACGACUUCGAUAAAUCGGACUUGGACGUGCACUUGAUCGAGGCGCACGAUCUCGCCGGUAGCGAUCAGGGUGGUUUCAACGAUCCCUACGUAAAGUUGAGCCUCAGCCCGGAAGUAGACAGUAGGAAAAGGCAGACGCAAAUCCAUCGAAACGAUCCGAAUCCAUUUUUCGAUCAGCACUUCAAGUUUCCCGUCAGCUACGAAGAGCUGCAGGAGAAGACUCUAGUUUUGCAGGUAUUCGAUUACGAUCGCUUCUCGAGAAAUGACGUGGUGGGUUCGCUGAGGGUGGUGAUGGAUAGCCUCGAACUCGUUUCCUCUACUUCCUCGGUGGAGGUUUUUGGUGAAAUAGCGAGAGAACGCAAACCACCGGAAGAAAUUCAAGAGGUCUUGGUUUCAUUGUCUUACUUACCAAGCGCUGAGAGGCUCACGGUGCUCAUAAUGAAAGCAAGAAAUCUGUUUCCCCCGCAGGAUAAGGAAACGUUGGAUCCGUUCGCGAAAGUCAGCCUACUUUGCGGCGAAAGGCGAGUGAGGAAGAAGAAGAAAACAGCUGUUAGGAGAGCGACGAUAAAUCCCAUUUGGAACGAAGCGAUGUCAUUUAACAUACCCGCCUCGUCAUUAAUAUCGUCGGCCAUAGAGAUAUGCGUGCUAGAUUCGAGCAGCGAGUUGAUGAGCGGAAAUGCUAUCGUCGGGUCCUGCAUCAUCGGUCCGGCAUCUACAGGCACGGACAGCGGUAACAGCCAGGGACGAGAGCACUGGCUUCAGAUGACACAGUCGCCGAGGAAACAGAUCGCGGAGUGGCACACGCUACAUUAAUCGGAUCCGAUCGAGGGCUGUUUAAUCGCCCUCAACGUAAUUCGCGCGUCCUCGCUUUCUCGAGGGAAAUACAAUCUAUCGUCGUAACGACGGAUAGUCGAAUAGUAUACCACGAAUAUUACACUUAUCACGAAAUACGUAGCGAUAUUGCAUGUAAAAUGGCAAAAAAUAACGGGUCCUAUCCCUUUCGAAAAAAAAA